CUUGCUGCCGAGUGUUUGGCCACGAUGCCUUUCGAGACCGACAAGGCUGUCGCUUUCAUUGAUGAGUAUUCGAAAUAUCUCGAAUUCCAGUCUGAUCUCGAGAUUCUCGCCAAACCGCCUCCAGGAUACCUAUCCAACGCCGUUGACCUUCGCAGCGGCUUGCAAGCCAUCCGGACCGCAGCUGCUAGAGGUGACUAUUCCAAUCAGUUUCAGUUUGACUCGGAUAUCUCAGACUUGAUCAACUCAGCCAACGAUGGCCAUCUGAACUUUCAAUUGUGUUCGAUGUCGAUAUUCCAGUUUGCAGCGCAUGAUUUGUUAGUUGUGUCCAUUUCCCCUGACGGAGUAGCUACUCCGCAGCUAUAUACUAUAGAGGACGCUCGGUCGUAUGCUAGUGGUGCAACCAACAUCUCACCGAUAGCGUUUAUCAACGGCUUCGGGGCAGCCUCGGUGUUGGAAUCCCAAGCACGCCGCCAGUGGUUGCAGGAUCCAGAUGCACAGUAUAACAUGGCGGUCAGCAACCUCAACAUUAAUGGACAGGGCGAAGUCGGUUCGAACGCUUUUGCACUGGACUCUGCCUGGCGUGGAGUCGACAGCUACAAAUUUCAGUUUGCCAACCAGACAUCGAAGGAUUACAAGGUCGUGGCUGCUAUGAGCACCAAAUUUAACUUCAACUACACCUCUGGCAAAGAUCUCUACAAUGCUGUAUGUGGCCAGACAGCACCAGCAUCACCAGCACCAUCGACCACACCUUCCCCCUCGCAAUCCGCGGCCGCCGUGCGCAGGAGCGCUGCAUCAACCACUCCAGCACCAUCUAGCUACCCAUCCCCGAUCAUGCGAGAAGACCACAACCUCAUAGUGGGCUACUAUCCGACCGAGCAUGGUCUCGAAGACGUCGCCGUCCUCGGCGUGCCCACAUUUCAGCCUACUACUGAGGCCGAAAUAUAUAACUUUGCCGUGUUGGCCCAGUACUUUGUUGGAAACGCCACCAAGGACGGAAAGACCAAGAUUAUUGUUGAUUUGCAGAGCAACGGCGGCGGUCUGGUGAACUCGGGCAUGGCCCUAUACAGUGUCUUUUUCCCCAACGAGACGCUCUACUCAGCCACGCGUAUGCGAUCCCACGACGCACUCGAUUUCAUUGGCACCAUUUUUAAUGCUAUCGCCGGCAAUGCCAAUGGGACCAGAAAUCCUGUCAUGGAUACUAGCGGCUUGCUGAUUGACAGCAUUGUCAUGCCUGACCAAGAGUCCACGUACAACAGCUGGUCCGGUUUUUACGGCCCUUACCUUCGAGGAGGCAUUCCAUCCACUGCAAUCGCCGCCGAGAGCAAAUUCGCCGAUGAGGCCAACCCAGCCACGGACCCGAUCAAUACCGACGGAUUGGGAGGUGAGCUAGACUUCAAGACACCGCCCUUUGCGCCGGAAAACAUCGUUAUCUUGACCGACGGCCGUUGCACAUCCACCUGCUCCUUAUUCACGGACCGUAUGAUCUCCAAGGGGGUGCGAACGGUUGCCAUGGGCGGCCGUCCACAUCCCGGUGCCAUGCAGGCUGUUGGUGGCGUCAAGGGAUCUCAGGCCCUGGAACUUAGUGAUAUCGAUAAAGCUGCCCAACUCGCCAGGUCGGCCUUGAAUCAGUCCAUUGCUGCCGGAGCGCCAAUCCUCAGCAACGUAAGCCAGGCUCGUUUCCAAGAAGUCAUGCCUAUUCCUCUCAAGAACUUUCCUCUGCCUUUGAGCACUGGCGGCCUUAACUACCGCAACACAUACACAAAGAAUGACACAGAUAUCCCAACCCAAUUCAUCUACGAGCCUGCCAGCUGCCACUUGUUCUACACGGCGCAAACCAUCGACGACCCUUCCGUGACAUGGUCCCUGGCUGCCAACGCCACCUGGGGUUCUGGCACUUGUGUCGGUGGCAUUAAUUCUGAUACCGGUAGUCUCGGCAGUCAGACCAAUAAUGAGGCUGGUAGUACCGAUAGCAGCAGCAAUACCGACAGUGUUUCUCCCGGAUCACACGAGGCUUUGGGGUUGCUGUUGGCUCUU